CAAUUUCAACUAACACACAAGUGUGUAUAAAGACAUCAUUCGAGUAAAAUAGUUUGAAACAAUAUACAUAUUACUUCAAUAAUAUCAACCGGACGAAAUGGAUGAAUUGUCGAGGGAGGAACAGGAUCUGCUCAGAGAUACCUUCAGGAUCUUGGACAAGGAGAACGAGGGAGCCAUUACCUCCAAGGAGCUGGGUGUGGUCAUCCGUGCACUGGGUCGCCAGCCCAACGAAUCCGAGGUGCAGUCGAUGAUAAAUGAAGUGGAUUCGGAUGGAAACGGAUCCAUCGCGGCUGUGGAGUUUUGCAACGUGAUUCUUCGCAAGAUGCGCGACACAAGUAAGGAAGACGAACUGCGCGAUUCCUUCCGCGUUUUUGAUAAGGAGAACAAUGGAUAUAUCUCUGCUACCGAGUUGAGGGCCGUCUUCAUGGCACUGGGCGAAAAAGUCGGUGAGGACGAGCUGGAGGACAUGAUUCGCGAGUACGACCUCGAUCAGGACAAUCACAUCAAUUUUGAGGAGUUUGUCAACAUGAUGACCUUGCGUUAGUCUUCAGAAGAAAUUUUACAACGAUAUAUUAAGUACCUUACCUACAUUUUGCACUGAAGAACGAAAACAACUAAUUAAAAAGAAUGUAUGAUUGAAAUAUAUACA